CACAGCUAAGAAUACCUGCUUGGACCCUGAACGCCAUCGCCCUUACUUCAACCGGUAAAAAUUCAAUUUUCUUGUUCGUCGGGGAGCCACAUUGCGGCCCCCUUUGCAUGCCAGAUUUCUCCAAUCAUGGCCUGCUCAAUCCAGCUGUCCCCCAUGGACGCGUGUCAGAGCUUUUAUCAGAGGUCCGUCCGAUUGAUGAUGAUCGGGGGCCUUGCACUUGCUGUUGAUCAGUUGACGGGAAAGUAGCGGAUUUGACGUGCUUGUCUCACAUGGUUUUACCUCUUUCUCUCUCCAGUGAUGAUCCCUGAGCUCUUGACGACACUCCCUCCCUUGAAACCCUGCCCCUGCUGUAGGAAAACCAUCAUCCAUGAGGUCCGAUAGCUCGUCGACCUCCCCCAUCCCUCCUUGACAAUCGUUUGUCCAUCUUUGCACACUUUCCAAGCUAUCAAUGGCUUAGUUUUUCCUUAAUCGCAAUCUUCAUUCCUUCUAUGAGCGUCACUCCUUCACCAAACUUUAAUAUCUUGUCUGCCCUGUUUGGAACGGGUCUCUUUUUCGCAGGCACACCCGCAUUAUGAUCGCCAAUCGCAAAGGUCGCUCCCUAACAACAACAAUUGUUCUCCUUCUCGGUGCAUAUCUCUUCCUAGUCUGGUUACCACUCAGUCGACUUCAUGCCUGGCAGCAUAAACACCCAAGACCAACUCCUAUACAAAACACUUUAAUCUUGCAAGACACGAUCCAUUUACAUACAGCGACCGAGCGAUACCCCAUCACCUCAUACAUUCGUUUACCAACAUCUCCAUCUUCAAUUCCCAAAAUUCAACAUGACUUUCCACGCGAGUCCAGACCCGAGCGCAAGGCAAGAGUCAAGAAACAAAAGGCUAUAAAGGAGGCUUUCAUGCACUCAUGGAACGGCUAUAAAGAUCAUGCCUGGAUGCGAGAUGAGGUCUCACCCCAGACUGGUGGAUAUCAGGACUCAUUCAGUGGGUGGGGUGCUACCCUUGUGGAUUCACUAGACGCGCUGAUCAUCAUGGGCCUGGAUGAUGAACUCGAUUUGGCCCUGGAGGCUUUGAAUGAGAUUGAUUUCACAACCACCCGCAGCGCCGAAGUGAAUGUCUUUGAGAUUAUUAUCAGAUAUAUGGGUGGCUUCCUAGCUGCUCAUGAUCUGAGCAACGGCAAGCAUCCAAUUCUCCUUAAGAAAGCCGAGGAGCUGGGUGAGAUGAUCUUCAAUGCAUUUGACACGCAUAAUCGCAUGCCCCAGAUGCGCUGGGACUGGUCCAAAUCUGCCCAAGGCGAAGAAAUUGAGCCAUCAGAGCGCACAAGUUUGGCAGAACUGGGCUCUUUGACCGUGGAAUUCACUCGCUUGUCUCAACUAACCGGCAAUCCUAAAUACUAUGAUGCCGUCCAGCGCAUCACAAACGAGCUAGAACGGGGCCAAUCAAAAAGCCGAAUUCCCGGGCUGUGGCCAAUAUACGUGAACGCCAAGGAUCUGAAAUUCGACUGGUCCCAGUUUUCCCUCGGUGGCUCUGCUGAUUCAAUGUAUGAGUAUCUGCCCAAGGAGCAUAUUCUGCUGGGCGCCCAGACGGACCAGUACCGCAAUAUGUACGAGGAUGCUAUCGAGGCGAUCAAGAAGAAGCUUCUUUUCCGUGCGAUGACCAAGGACGAGGACAAACAGAUUCUUUUUACUUCGAAUGUGCGUGGGCUGAAGGGAGGAGCUCUUCACGGCGUGCAGUACGUCCAAGAUCACCUCAAGUGCUUCUUGGGUGGGACUGUUGGCUUAGCAUCGAAGAUUUUCAACCGAACGGAAGAUCUCUCCAUUGCUCGCGGUCUCACUGACGGUUGUAUCUGGGCGUAUGACUCGAUGCCUACGGGAAUCAUGCCCGAAACGCUGGAAGUCAGCCCCUGUAAGGAAAUUGAGAAAUGUCCGUGGGAUGAGGGUAAAUGGUACGAAGACGUUCUCGGUCAACCAAUUCACUCGAGAGAGCAUCUCGAGAGAGCGCAGCAAGAAGUUGAGCUUGAAGGGUUCCCGCCCGGUAUCGUCGGCAUUCCUGAUCCGACAUAUAAGCUUCGACCUGAGGCUGUCGAGUCUAUCUUCAUCAUGUAUCGCAUCACCGGCGACAAAUCGCUUCAAGAUGCGGCGUGGCGUAUGUUCCAAAGCAUUGAUAAGGUGACACGCACCAAAUAUGGUCACUCCGCUAUUGAGGACGUGCGCAAUCCUCUGCCGAAGAUGAGCGAUAAAAUGGAAAGCUUUUGGCUUGCUGAGACGCUCAAGUAUCUGUACCUGAUCUUUUCUGAGCCUAGCCUUGUCAGCUUGGAUGAGUACGUUCUGAGUACCGAGGCACAUCCGUUUAAGCGACCAUCUUGAACGGCACAUAGAAAAUUCUGCUUUCGUUUCUUUCAUUGCUCGUGCCUUUAGCGUUUGGGUAGGCUGUGGUGCGGAAUCUUUCAUGGAUCGGCGUUGACAUCUUUCCCAAAACCUUCAUUCAAAUUUUUGCUCAUAUACAUGGAAUGGGUUCUUGCAUGGCAAACUGUAAAAUCAUUGGAGUUUCGUUUUUUAUUAGCUAACAGAACCUUGCCGUUGGUGGCUAAUUAUGCGCCCGUCACGCUAGCUCAGUUAUUGUGUUUCAAUAUAUAUUUGAGGCAUGGUCAGUCCCUGUACAGGUAUCUGCCACUACAAUUUUAGCACAGGAAGGUCCCAGUGCUGACCAA